UUAAGAAUUGAUACUUGUUUCCUUGCAGUGUGACGUUGUCUAACGUUCCCGCAGCCGACAUCUCCAGCCCAAUAGAGGAAAACUGCUCUGGCGUUGAGGGGUUGAUCCAAUCUAUGGUCCAUUCAGCAUAUUUUGAAGGAGGUGAUGACACGUCCACAAGCCAUAGCCCAUUGACUGUGCCAUCAGAAGAGUCAACUUCGACCAGAAUAUUUGAGCAGUCAUCACAGCAUAGCUCUCAUGUGCCCACUCCGACAGCAGCUCCCAAAAAGAGGAAGCGCACUGGUGGGGACGACAUCAUUGACUGCAUAGAGGAAAACGUGGACUCCCUGAACAAAUGGAAAGGAGAACUGAGCAGCAAAGAUCACAUAUUUUAUUUUUGUAUGAUGUUGGCCGAACGCUUACUUAUUCUCUCUCGACCACGUGCUCUCCGGUUCAUGACAAAGGUGCAAAACUACCUUCUGGACGCCGAAAUGGAAGAUUGCGCAGAAAACUAAAUACAUGUACACAAAAGGAAGGACUGUUUACAUUUUCUAGGUAAUAUACGUGUGU